AGAGAAAGUUUCUGGGCGGUGUAAAUGGCAGUAUCAUCAUCAUCAUCAGCCACUCUUUCAUGGAGUUCUUCUUCUUGGCUUCAUAGCUUCCGUAGCAGCAUUAAUGAAACUGUGAAGUUGCCCGACAAAAGAGCUGUUAUGCUGGUUUUGGCUCAAAAGAAAGCCAAAAAAACUCGUAAGAUAAUACUGAAAGAGGAUGUGGAGGAGUUGGGAAAGAAAGGGCAACUAUUGGAUGUGAAGGCAGGAUUUUAUAGGAAUUAUCUUCUGCCAAUGGGCAAAGCUCAGAUUGUCACUCCUGUUCUUCUCAAGGAAAUGAAGCUGGAAGAGGAAAGAAUUGAGGCUGAGAAGAAGCGGGUAAAAGAAGAGGCACAACAACUAGCGCAAAUUUUUGAAACUGUUGGAGCUUUUAAGGUGAAACGCAAGGGUGGAAAAGGAAAACUGAUUUUUGGAAGUGUUACUGCUCAAGAUCUUGUUGACAUAAUCAAGGCACAGCUUCAAAGGGAUGUAGACAAGAGAAUCGUUUCUCUUCCAGAGAUCCGUGAAACUGGAGAAUAUGUUGCAGAACUGAAGCUUCACCCAGAAGUUACGGCUCGAGUGAAGUUGAAUGUUUUUGCUAACUGAUUACAUGCACGUUAAAUUCCUACUCCGUGAAUUUGGUUACAGAGUUGGGAGAUGAAAGAUGGAGUGUAAUUUUUUGUGUAGAGAUGUACAAGUUUGAAUAACCUCAGCAGGUGCAAUUUUAUUAUUCAUAUAUCAUCUUUUGUAGAAUGUAGCUAAUAUACACUGGUCAUUUUUGCAAUUCUAUAUCUACUUUUGCUUGAA